AUGUCAAACCAAGCUGAGGAGUCCAUCCAUGAUGGGCAUGAUACAGAACGUGUAGAAAAGUCUGCUGGCGUAGUUCAGUCAGAUCAACUCAAGAGUGCGCCACGAAGAUGGAUGAUCGCCGCAUUCUCAGGCCUCUAUAUAAUGACCUUUGUGUUCCAAUUUGGCAAUUAUUCAACUUCGACGUAUGCCGCUUACGCGACAAGUGCUUUCAAGGGCCACUCACUCUUGAGUGCCUCUCGAGUUGUGGAGACUAUCGCGAGUCUGCUUUCUUACCCCAUCGUUGCGAAAUUGUCGGAUAUGAUUGGCCGUGUCGAGUUGUUCGCCUUCUCGAUUGGCCUAUCAGCCGUAUCUUUGGUUCUAUAUGCUGCGUGUCAGAAUGUAGAAACAUAUUUCGUGGCAGGGCUAUUCGAUGCGAUAGGAAAUGUAGGAUUCGGAAUCACGCAGCAAAUCUUCAUCUCCGAUCUUACAACGCUACGAAAUCGAGGUCUCUGGCUUUCACUUCCUGACAGCAUAGCCAGUAUACCUACUCUGUACCUUGGAACUAUCGUUGCCGACGCAUUCUUGAAUCACUCAACUUGGCGAUGGGGAUACGGGAUGUGGGCUAUUGUCCUCCCUGUUGCAGCUAUUCCCCUCCUAUUGACGUUAUUCCUGUGGGAAUACCGGACGAAGAAAACGGUCCAGGAAACUGCGAAAACUCCUCGAAUUCUUCAAGAUAUCCAACCAGAGGACUCAAUCUUGACCAAGACCUACAAGCUAUUCUGGGUCGAACUCGAUUUCCUCGGCUGCCUCCUUUUAAUCGCCGGCCUAUCACUUAUCCUAAUCCCGAUAUCUCUGACGGGUUCGUCGAAUAGCUUGGCAUGGAAGCAUGCCAAUUUUAUCGCUAUGAUCGUCGUGGGUUUUGUGCUCUUCGCCUUAUUCUUCGUCUGGGAUUCUCUAUUCGCCAAGAAGCCCUUCAUCCCUUUCAGAUUGGUCAAGCACAAGACGAUCGUGGCAGCAUGUGCUCUGUCCGUGUGCGACUUCAUGCACUACUCAUUGUUCACAGUGUUUUUCCCGAGUUAUCUUCAAGUAGCAGGGCAUUUCUCCGCUGGACAUGCUACAAGGAUUGACAACUCUCUCCGAGUAGCCUUUCAGAUCGCAUCCCUUGUAGUAGCAGUAUUGAUGCAUUAUUCCAAAAGAGCGAAAAUAUGGGUCCUUGUCGGUGUAUGUCUCUGUAUUCUCGGUCAGGGGCUCGAGAUAUACCUCGUUAACGUCAAUGGGGAUCACCCCGCGAACGAAGCUUCAUUUAUCACUGCGAAGACCCUCGUGGGUGUUGGUAGAGGCUUCUACCAGACUGCGGCUCAAGUAUGCUUACAGGCGGUGGUGGAAAGGGACGAGGUCGCUGUCGCAACCGGGGUAUAUUUCGCGGCGAUGAACUUUGGAGGCGCCAUUGGAACGAGCAUCUCCGGAGCUAUAUGGCGGUCCAAUCUGCUGUACAAGCUAACUUCAUAUCUCCCCGAUGCCUCUAAAUCCAAGGCUAGCAGCAUCUUCGGGUCGAUAGUAGUGGCGCAGAAGUUUGCUGUUGGAUCCACCGAAAGAAUCGCGAUCGACAGAGCCUACCGGGAAACCCAAAAGCUAUUGGCUAUUGCUGCCACCUGUGUGCUGGUCCCUAUGUUGUUGGCGAUGUGGUUUAUCAAGAAUGUUGACUUAACCAAGGAUCAGAAAAAAGGGGAAGAGGAAACCAACAGAAAUAACGCAGCUGAGAAGACUGUUGUUGGGGAUGAUAAGUCCGAUAGUUAGGAAGAAUCCUUUUGUCAUUGAUAUGAAGGUCAGCCAGAUCAUUAGCGUCCUUCUGUUGGACCUUGGUGUUGAAGGAUCUUCAUAUACCAGCUCAGGGACACGGGUAACAUACGUUACCAUCCACAAAACUGGAUCGCACCCAGUAGCUAUUAUUCGUGAGAAAUAUAGGUAAUCCGUGAGACUAAAACGUGUUUGCUCAGUAAUCGAAUCAUCAGCC